AUGCCUUCGCUCUGGGAGUCGAAGAUUCCGGACAUCGAGACCCUCAAACGAGAAUUACCUGGGUCAGUAUUGACCGCUCUAGAUACUGAGGGUUUCUACAAACAAGGAAACUUGAACCCCAGCGAGAUCGGUCUCGCUGUACUUGGUGCAGGUCACACCCCUCGUCCUGCAGCUCGCUUCUCAGCCUUCUACGAAGAGAAUGGAGUACGAGCUUUCACCAUCCGACUCCGCGAACGAAAUAACCGGGGCAAUGAGUACCCAUACGGAAGCGUAGAACACGCAAAUGCUGAUGAAGUCGUCCCCAUCUUCGACAGGAUACUUUCCGGGUUCCAAGGGAAGUGCAUACUUACUGGCUUCGACUUGCAUGCGGAACUUAAAUGGAUAGCGCUAAAGUACCCGUCUCUUGCCACCCACUUCACCGCUUGGGUAGACGUGCAGGAGCUCGUCUGGCAACGAUGCAAACAGAUCGCUCUAGAACCAGAGAAAGUUCUUCCUUUCGGACUCAACAAGGCUCUCAAAGCUAUGCACAUUUGCGACUGGCGAGCAAAGUCAGCGCAUCAUUGUGCGUCCAAUGACGCAGUGAGGGCCUUGCGCAUCCUUAUCGGCCUGGCCACCGACGCUCCUUUUGCUAUACCCGACCCUAAGGUUAAACGUAUCCCUCCUCUAAAUACACCCGCCGUUCGUGCAUACCAGGCAUUUCUAUCAAGGCUCCCGAAACCGAACUACGGAAAGCACCCUUUCGAAGCGCGCGUUAUGGCUGUCGAUGGCAGCAAGCUUCCCCCUCUAACAUCUCGCUCUUUGUUGGACCGUUAUGCUGGAUAUGUGGGGCUGAAAGCCGUGGGGCUCAAUUGGCAAACCGAGGCUGCGAGAUCAGAAGGAGUAAGGAUCUGGUGGGCAUCAUUGCUGUCGCAGGAAUCGCUGGAUAACUUCGCUCGAGACAAUGAUGGAUCGACACUCAACGGCAUCCAGCUCCGCGUAGUCACGAGCGGCAAGCCGCAUCUGCAGGCUCAGCAAGCGCGACGGAUACGGGUGGAGGGUUUGUAG